AUGAAAAAGGACUACAUCAAAGACCUCUCCGCAAAGUACCUUAUAUGCGACCAUGAAAGAAUAAGAAAGGAAUACAACAAGUACAAGGCCGGAAACAUAGACACGCUAGAGUACAUUGAUGACAACAUGCUAAUGGUGUACGAGCAUGCGUUCUUCUACAACUUCACGAAGAUCAAGUUUUCCAAGAAGGACCUUCCAAAGGAAGUGAGCCCAAAGAUCUUCAAGACUGCCCUUGAGGAGAUAAGGAAGAAGUAUGUGCCUGGGAAGAGCCCAGAAUGCAAGGGCCUUGUGUGCAAUCUAUACUCGAUCACAAAUCAUUUUUCUCCCUAG